CUGGUGCAACAUGUGUUAGAUCAUUCCAGAAGCGUCUCCGCACUUUCUUUGCUGUUGCAGACCAGACACAAGUAGUCAGAACGGGCCUGAGCUGGAGCUUCUUUCCGCUUGGACACUGACAAAGGACACUUCUGCAGCUUUAUCUCCACAGUUAAGCUGUUCUCAAGUCGCUCUGGGGCUUUAAGCCUACUGCGCUGCUUUUUUGUUUGCUCGUUUGGAAACAGCUUUGGUUAGCUCAUUAGCCGGCUUGUCGAAAUGUUGAGUGUCGCAAGGAGCGUUUCAAGGUCUUUGCCAACCAAGAUCUGCUCUCGAAAUGUGUCGUCUUUGGUGAAGAAGGCAUGUUGGAGUGGGUUCCAGUCGGAUGCAAUCAGAGCUCUGUCCAGAAGAGACUAUGCGUCAGAAGCCAUCAAGGGGUCAGUGAUCGGCAUUGACCUGGGAACCACCAACUCCUGUGUUGCCGUCAUGGAGGGGAAGCAGGCCAAGGUGAGGAUUAGCUCAGUAAUGUGGACACACUGCUUUAAACAGAACUGCUGUCUCAAA